CUGGCGUUUGUUUGAAUCAAUGAACGAACCAAACUUGUAGCUAACCUAGAAAAAGGUUAUGCAGAUUCCGCUCUACUCGCAAAAAGUGUUGUUCCCUCGUGUUGGGACGUUAAUAGCUAGUCAACUUAUGAUGUCAUUUUCAAAUGACUGAAUGUCAUGCAUAUCAAAUACUUGCAUAUUUCACAUUAGUUUGGAGUUAUAUUUAAAUUUUUGAAUCAAAAAAACUAUGUUAAGCUCCACCGCUUCUGAUAAUUUAGCCUGUACUGAUGAAGUCAAAGUUUAUGAAGAUGAAGGGGAAGAAGAAGAACAGCAGAAAUCCUCAGAAAACCUUACAGAAGAUAAAGUUAGGUUGGUUAUCGAGAGUGAAACUCAAAUACCAAAAAUAUUUGAUUUAUUUGGUAAAAAUGGUGGAGCCUCUUCAUUAUUCAAAAUGCCAUUUCCAACUGAUCCUCGUUUGGCCAGUUAUUUUCUACCUGGUUAUCCUGCUGCAAUCGCGGCUGCUAUGGCAGCUGUAAAUGCUGCCUCUUAUUCAUUAUCAUCUUCACCAUGUUUAACAACAUGUUCAUCAUCAACAUCAUCUUCGUUACCAUCCAUGACUAAACCAACUUCUUCAAUAUGGAAUAUGAAUCCUGCUGCUGUUGUCGCGGCAGCUGCUGCUGCGGGAACAGCAUCUUCUUUUUGGUCAACUGGUUGCAGUGGCGGUGGUGGUUCAUCGUCUACUUCUUCUGGUUAUGCAAGUUCUGAAGGUAGUGGAGGCAGUAAUGGUACUAAUGGUUCAAAUUGGUUGCAUCAUUCAGCAAUAUCACCAGGUAGUAAUAGUAGCAUAGGUGGGAGUGGCGGUAGUGGAGGUGGAAGCUGUGGCAGUGGUUUCAGUUUCUUACAAUAUCCUUAUCCUCGUCAGCAUAAUUUAUUUAAUCAGAAACAUUAUCUACGAACAUCAAAUGAUGACGAUUUAAUUUCAUGUAUAAGAAGAGAAUCACCAAGUUUUGAUCGAUCAGUAUAUUUUUCAAAUAACAAUAUUAAUAAUAAUAAUAAUAACACUAAUUUUUCAUAUGCAGAAAAUCAUCCUAUUGACUACAAUUUAUCUGGUCAAAUUUCAAGAUUUUCUAAUUUAUACAAUGAUCCUGUCAAGAAUUCAGCAAGUUUGACUACUCAGUUCCCAUCAUGUGUUCCUAAUCCGUUUGGAUUUAUACCAUUUUAUGAUUCAUUCAGAUGUGGUGCAGCUGCUGCUGCUGCGGCAGCGGCGGCGGCUGCAGCAGCAGCAGCUUUUUCUCAAAAAUCUCCACAUGAAACAACUGUUCAACAUGAUGGUGACAUUUUAAAGUUUGGUUCAAAAUAUCCAACAAACAGUCGAAAUCAUACUACGAUGAGCAAUUUUGAUAUAAGUUUAGAAAAUUGUAAAAACUAUAAGAAUUCAAUUGAUAGCAGGAAUGAUAAUGCUUGUACUACCAAUAUACCUGAUGUUUCUACUAAUUCUGUUAAUACCGUUACUUGUAUAAAUGAGAAUAAAUUCAAUAAAUUAUCAUUAUCAUCAUCACUAUACACAAAUGCUUAUCAGACACAUCCUUUAUCAUCACAUAACCAACAGUGUAUUCGUCACUCGAAAGAUUUAUCCUUUAAUAAUAUGAAUAUGUUAAAUUAUCCACGUGAAAUGGAAUCAACAGUUGGACUUUCAGUACGUGAGCAUAGUCAGUCACCAUUGCCGACAUCUCGUUAUCAUUCGUUUGACAAUCCAAUCGAUUCACCUAAACUCUUAAAUACAUUACACACUAGUCGUUUAUUAGAAGGAUAUGGGCAGAUAUCUUCAUCAUCAUCACCACCACCACUAUCAUCAACAUCAACAUCACUAUCACUACCUAAUGGAUCUAUUCAACAUGAUUCAUCUCCUUCAACAUCGUCGAAUUUCUAUGCUGUUGCAGCUUGUGCAGCAGCAGCGGCAGUUGUAGCCGCAGCAGUAGCAUCUUGGAGUGGUACAAGUUCACCAAAAACAUCCAAUAAAUCUCAACAAUAUUUCACAUCCUCUAAUAGUCAUCAAAGUUCACCAUGUCCUUCUAUUAGUAAUAAUAAUAAUAAUACAUUAUUUCCAUUAAGUCCAUCUGGAUCAAUUAAUAAAUCAGCUCUUUUCAAUCAUUUACAAUCGGUGAAAUCACCGAAUAGUAUUGGCGGUAUGGCACCAUCACCCAAAGCAAAUAGUAGCAAUUUGACUACUUCAUCAUUAUCUCCAGCUGGAUUAUAUCAUAGAUGUGAAAAUAAUAAUAGUAAUAAUAAUAAUACGAAUAAUAAUAACAACUACAGUAGUAGUCGAGCGUCUACUUCAACUAACUCUACCGCUGCUAGUCCUUAUUCUCCUAGUAUGUUUGCUGCCGCCGCAGCCGCUGCACAUAUGCAGUUAUUAUCCGCAGCAGCAGCCGCUGCUACGUUCAAUUCAAAUUUGUCAUCAUCAUCUUCAUCGUCUUCAGUACAUACAGCUCCAUCAACACCAUGUAUAACAACUUCAUUGAAUAAUGAAUUCACAUUUGAAGAUUCUAUCAGAGAAAUGAAAUCAGUAUCAACAUCUUCAUCAUCGUCAGUUAUUUCUUUAUCGGAUUUAUCACCGACUGUACAAUUCGGUUCUUUGUCGACAUCUUCGUUAUCAUCAAUUCAAAAUAGAGAUAAUAACAGUAAUAAUAAUAGUAAUGAUAAUAAUAAUUCAGUAUCAAACAGUCUUUGGAGACGUCAGCAAACUGCAGCAGCGGUAGUAGCCGCUGUAGCUGCGAGUGCUAUGAUUGGUAAUUCAACAUCUUCAGAAUUAUCAUCUGUUUCUGCUGUUGCCAGAGGUGAUAACGAUAGUAUUAGUGGUCGUAGUGGAGUAGGAAGAAGAAGAAGAAACACUAAUAUACAUAAUACAUUAGAUCGAACUAAUUCUCCUGGACUAUGGUCUAGUCGAAAUCAUCUGUUUAGCUCAAGAUCUCGUGAUCGUCGAAGUUUUGAUUUUGUAAAAGCCUUAACAAAAUCGGGAAUUACUAACAUUCAUAAUAGUAAUAAUAGUAAUGAUGAUGUAAUAAUCAAUGAAGAAUCAUCUUUAGAUCAUUGUAAAGAAACUUUAAAGAGAAAAAUGACUACCAAUCUUAUAUCAUCAUCAGCAGCAGCUACAACAACAUCCUCAUGUUUAUCUAAAGGUAUACAUAUUAAAAAACCAUUAAAUGCAUUUAUGCUAUUUAUGAAAGAAAUGCGUUCACGUGUACAAGAAGAAUGUACCUUAAAAGAAUCUGCUGCAAUUAAUCAAGUAUUAGGUAAAAAAUGGCAUGAAUUAACUAGAGAAGAACAAACAAAAUAUUAUGAAAUGGCUAGACAUGAAAAAGAAUUACAUCAACAAUUAUAUCCAAAUUGGUCAGCACGUGAUAAUUAUGCAUAUCAUGCUAGACGUCGUAAACGUCGACGACAAUUAUUUCAUAAACAUGGUUUACAUAUUCGUGGAACACGUCAUAUGAAUAAAUCAAUAAUGAAUACACGUUCAUAUGAAAAAUCAUCAUCAUCAUCAUUAUUAUUAUUGAAUGAUUCAACUAUUAUGAUGGAUAAAUCUAAAGUGAACACUUCAUUGGAUAAAUGGAAUGGAUAUAAAUCAUUUCCAUUAGAUAUUAGUAAUAAUCAACAAAAACGUAAUUCAUGUAUUCCUGAUCAUUCUGUAAAUAAUAAAACUCAUUCAAAUGAUUCAUUAUCUUCAAUGAUAAUAAAUGGUUCAAAAAUACAAACUGAUCAUUUACCAGAUGAUAUUGUUCAUCGUCAUCAUCAACGCCAUCAUCAUCAUAGUAGUAGUAGUGGUAGUAAAUGCUCUUCUCCACAUCUUCCUUCAUCUAUACAUCCUGUUACUACUAUUUCAGAAUUCUCAUCUAAUCAUCAACAAAGCCCUUUAACAUCAAAUUCACCAUUGUGUAGAAAACAAAAUCAAUCGUUUACAGCACCAUCCAUCUCAUCACCGUCAUCAUCAUCAUCAUCGUUGGUGUCCACCACCACCACCACCACCUCAUCAUCAUUAUCAUCAUCUUCUUUGUCAUCAUCAUUAACAUUAUCUAAACAAAUUACUUCUAAUCUCACUAAACUAGAUCCUAUUACAACUAUAAAGGAAGAAGAUGGUUGUAAUUUCUUAGGUGAAGUAAAACAGCAUGUAAAAUCAAUGAAUGUAAAUUCUAUCGAUUAUAAAACAUUUAUGAAUAGUGUUGAUGAUGAAAAUAAUAAUAAUAAUAUUGUUAAGAAUGAUCGAUAUGUUGCUGAAUACUCUAUAAAAAAUGAUUACAAUGAAUCCAAGGUAACAACGAGUAAUAUUGGUCAUCAAUAUCGUUCCAAUAUUGAUUUAGGUUAUUGUUUAUUUCCUCAUGUCCCUACCGUUAAUAUGAAUAAUGGUAAUAAUGAAUCAGAUAAAUUUCAAACUAUACGUGAUUUCAAUAGGAAAUCUAAACUUAACUUAAAUUCAAAUAGGAAUACAGCUUUAACUGCUAAUAUUGUAGCUACACCUAACAUCAAUACUACAUCUUCUAUUUCAUCAACUACAUUCUGUAAUCGAGAUCGUGAAUUAAAUAAAUUAUACAAUGAAUCUAUGAAUUUAAUCCCAAAUGAAUAUGCUUAUCAUACUAAUAACAAUAAUAAUAAUAAUCAUGAUGUAUCAAAUUUAUUUCAUCAUUCCACAGGUUAUCCAUUUUUACAUUCUGAUAUAAAUAUUAAACGUGACACAUCAUCUGCAUUCUAUCCUUCUUCUCUGUCAUCCGCAUUGAAUGAUAACAAAUCAAUACAUUCUAAAGAUCAUUCGUUUUUAUCCCCUAGAUUCACCGGGAUGAUUAAUUUAUCAUCAUCGUCAUCAUCAGUAGACAAUGAAAAUAGACAUCCAUCAUAUUCAAUAACACCGAUUGGUUAUCAGUCCGGUUAUAGAUAUUCUUCUCAUUUAGAUCAUUUAUCCUAUUCAUCAAUGUCUUCUAAUCACUUUCCAACUUUUCCUGGUUCAUUACCUUCACAUUUGAUGUCUACUUUCGGUCUUAACGGUGGUGGUGGUGGUGGUGGUGGUGGUAAUAAGCAUCAUAAUUCUUCAAGAUGUAUGACUGAUCUAUUACCAUCAUCAUCGACAUCAGAUAGUCAUGUCAAAACAAUUACAAAAAAUAAUCAUUCAUCUCAUUCAGCCGUGUCAACUACUGUGGCGGCGGUAGCUGCCGCUGCAGCAGCGGUAGCUAUGACUGCAAGUGAACUGUCUGGUGGGAAUUUGAAAAAAUGUCGUGCUAGAUUUGGUUUGGAACAUCAGAAUAUGUGGUGUAAACCGUGUCGUCGUAAAAAAAAGUGUAUACGUUUUAUUUCGGAAGCGGAACCAGAAGAAUUUUCUAAUGGAACAACAACAUCACAACAACCACAAACAGGAACUCAUCAUUCAUCAACUCAUCAUCUUGCUAGGCAAAGAUUAGCUAAUUUUAUAGAUCCAUUUAUACGUCCUGCGCAUUCAUCUCAGUCAAAUAUUUCUGGUCAAUCAUCGAAAUUUCAUACAUUUCCUUCAAGUUUCUUAUGUUCAUCAAUAAAUUUUAAUAAUAAUGUAACAAAUGAACAUACAUUAACAUCAUCAUCAUCAUCAUCAUUAGCUGAUUUCAGUUUACGCUUAAACCAACCACAUCAUGCAAUUCCAGGCUGUUAUACCGGUAAAUCUUCAGCAUUUAUAAGUCCUUCACUUUCAUCUCGUUCAAAUCAUCCAAUGUUAGAUCUAGCAACAUCACCAUUUCCAUUGAAAAAUUCAUAUCAUCAUUUGAAUAAUUCAACAAGUGAAGAGUUAAAUUUUAAGCUAAAAUCAUCGUCCCCACGAACAUCAUCAUCGUUAUCAUCGUCAUCAUCAUCAUCAUCAGUGUUGUUUUCCCCAUCUCGAUUAAAUUCACAUACCAUUGGUCAUUGUUUAUCCAAUUGUAAUGAAUCUAGACUACCGACUACCACUAACAACAAUACCGAAUUCGCUUUUAAUAAACCGAAUUCUAUUGACAUGUGGAAUAAUAAUAAUACUACUAAUAAUAAUGGUAUGAAUACAUUUUAUCCUAAUUGGUCUCAUGAUUCAUCAGCUUUUAAAUUAUCCACAACAUCAUCAUGUGUUGAUGUUUCAACAAUCAGUAUGACAAUAUCAUCAUCAGUAUGUUCCCAGUUGAAUACACACAAUUUAAUUGAUUCCACUAGUCGAUCAAAUAGUCAUAAUCGGUUACGUGAAUCAAAUCAAUCUGACAAAUGUAAUAUCAAUACUAGUACUACUAAUACUACCACUACUACUACUACUACUAUCACAGGUGAUAGAAAUCAUUUUAAUUCAAACCAAUCUAAAUUAUCAUCCAAUGAAGCUAAUCGGUUCGUUAAUCAAUCAUUGUCAUCAUUAACAGACAAUUCAGUUGCUUCGAAAAUAAACCCGACCAAUUUACAAAAUGAUUCAAAUUGUUCAAUGCCUUAUUCUAAUGUAGUGUCAUUUGCCCUCUGCUCCUCUCUUACCUCUUCAAAUGUAGAAAUAUUCAAUACAAAGCCAAUUAAUAUGAAUUCGUUUAUUGGUACUCAUUCAUUGGAAUGUUCUUCCUCUUCUUCUUCGUCUUCUUCCUCGUCGUCAUCAUUGUCCAACACAUUACCAUCUACAGUAUUAUCAUUAUCGUCACCAAUAAAAACUAUAUCCGAUGAAUAUUCAGAAAGAAAUCCCAAUGAACCACCGCCAUCUAAACGAAUUUGUUGUAAUUCACCAGCGUCUUUAUUAAAAUCAUCUAAUAUUGAAUCUGUAGUGUGUUGUAUGUCAAGUCCACUUGUUUCUACGAAUAAUGAUGUAACCAAUUUCACUAAUAUAAAUAAUUUAGACAGUUCUGUAUUGCAAGAUCAUUUAGCUGUAUCCAAUUCUACUACUACUAAUACGACUACUACUAGUACUACUACUACUGCCGUUACUACUGUUAAAACUACCACCACAACAAGUUGUAAAUAUACAGAAUCGGUUCGAUUCGGUGUAGCUGAUUUCAUGGGACUAAAUGAUGAUGAUAAUAAUAAUCAUAAUCAUAAUAAUGAUAAUGUUGAUAUUAUUUCAGUUGUGGAUAAUAUCGAUCAUGAUUGCCUUUAG